AUGAAGAGCAAAGGGAGUCACAGCCAGAACAGAAUCAUGCGAAUUAUUGCAUUACCAUGGAAAGCGUUAAUAAAAGCAAGAGAUUGUUACGUGGGAAGCAUGAAUAAUUAUGCUGUAGUAAAUCCUAGGAGUUUACCAAAGAGUUAUAGUGUUACAUCGUCAAGGUCAAAUGAUAGUGAAGAUUUUAGAGAUCUUGUUAGAGCAGCAUCAGCUAGGAGCAUGGGAGAGAAUUUCGAACUGAAUUUACUCAUACAACAACAAAUAAGACAACAAUUGCAACAACAAAUGCCUUCAAGAAAAGUGCCGAGGAGUGUUAGUGUUGGAAUGGGAAGAAUUGAUGAAGAUAAACCUUAUGUUUUAGGAGAUCAAGAAGAUGUUAAUAUGAUGUUGGUGAAGAAUGAUUUGAAGUUUCCUAGAAGUAGAAGUCAUGCUGUCUCAAAGACAAAAAAUGUUCAUGUCUUUUAA